UGGAUGACGUAUAGUCCAUGCGACGACCAUGGACAUAAUAAAGACGACAAGCCUUCUUUCCCAUUAAACGGUAAACAUGGCGUCAAGCGGUUCAACUGUUGGUUCACGUUGGUCCCAUAUAGAAGUCGAGUGUCUGAUAGCCUUUUGGGCAGAGGAUGCUAUUCAGGCACAGUUGGAGAAGACCCACAAAAUUUCAGAAGUAUUUGGGAGAAUCCGCGACCAUAUGCAAAGUCGAGGUCACAACCGAACAAUGGCCCAGUGUCGGGACAAAGUAAAAAAGCUGCGGUUCCAAUACCUGAAAGUGCGGGACGCACUACGCAGGUCAGGCUCCUCAUCUGAGGAAAAGGACAGUUUCCACUGGUACGACGCUGUCGACCAGAUAAUUGGCCUGAAACCUAGCAGCGAGCCAACAGUUUCGGAGUCGGAUCCGGUGUUUCGCAACUUGCCAUGCCCGACGGAGGACAACAGGCCAGAAACUCCAUUGAGCGACUCCUCACUUUACCAAGAAGAGGAAACCAGGGUGACCCCUGUGACAAGCCUUCCAACCUCUAGCAGGAAGAGGAGGAGGAGGAACACUGCACGCAGUGAUGCCACCAGUGACAUCAUGGGAGCCUUCCUCGACCUCCAAGGGCAGCAGCAUGCAGAGCACAUGGAGGCGGAGGAGCUGCGGCACAGGCGCGAGAUGGAGAUGUUCGGUGCGAUGGAAGAGCGCCGACAGCAGGAGAACAGGAACAUGUUCCAACAACUGUAUGCUGCCAUCAGGCCCUCACACCCCCAUCUAACCACGAUGCACGCCUCCAGUCACAAUGACACUUUGCCAUGCAGACCGUCACCCAUCUAUCACAACCUUUAAAGCCCUCCACCAUCCUGCACAUUUAGCCCUCAAGACCUCAAAGACUGCCUUUCUAUUUUAUU